UGGUAUAGAGGGGAAAUGGAUUUCCUUUCAUCAGGUUUUGUUUUCAACCCCAUUCCUCAGGUGUCAGAUGGUAACAGCAUUGUUUAUGCAGAGGGGGACUCUCUAGCUGCUGAGAUUGAGGGCACCAUGAGGAAGGGGCUGGCUAUGGAUGACCCGGAAGUGGAAGAGCAGAAGUUGCACCCCAAGCGUGUGUUUGAGACUGUGAAAAACGUUAACCUGAUGCGUCAGCGCUCCUCUCUGGCCCCGUCUCCCAUGAACAUCCCCGGCUCCAACCGGUCGUCCUGUCUGAACUCUGGCCGCUCCAGCUGCCUGUCCACGCCCCGCUCCAGCCUGUACGGAGGAGAUAUGGGGAGCAUCCUCAUAGACAACCACACCAACAGCUUCAUACUGGAGACGCCUGACCACAGGUGCUGCAACUGGGACUGAGACAUGACUCUACUCGCU